AUGUGUAGAAUACGACUGUGGCGGCGUGUGAUUAUUCCUGUUUUAGUCGUUAAUGUUGUGGUUUUUGUAUAUCUUGUGAUCAAUCUCAGUGAUUCUCUGACCGAUGAAGAUGUAUAUGUUGAGGUACCGGUCACCCCUCGUCCGCAUAAGCUUUGCGUUAUUGUACCAUUUCGCGAUCGAGAUGCGGAGUUGUCAGAAUUUGCUCCAUAUAUGACCAAAUUCUUGCAUAAACAAAUGGUUGAUCAUUACAUUUUGGUAAUGAAUCAGACGGAUAAAUACCGUUUCAAUCGAGCUUCACUUAUCAAUGUUGGUUGGCUUGAGUCCGAUCGAGUGGGAUGUGACUACAUGGUUAUGCAUGAUGUUGAUCUACUCCCACUCAAUCCACAAAUUAGUUAUAGUUUUCCUGGCGAAGGAACUGUUAGGCAUAUUUCUGCUCCACAGUACCAUCCGAAAUACAAUUAUUCCAAAUUCAUAGGAGGUGUGCUUAUGUUAACUAUGAGUGAUUAUAAGUCUCUCAAUGGAAUGUCCAACAAGUACUGGGGUUGGGGGCUCGAGGAUGACGAGUUUUACCUGAGAAUAAGGGAUGGUAAUUUGAAUCUAACAAGGGUUGAGAAUCUCUCUACGAAUCGUUCGAAUACUUUUCGUCACAUUCAUGGUGUUCAGCGAAAACGUGAUUAUGCUGUUGUUACGAAGGAUCAAAAGGCUAUAAAGAGGAAGAGAGACUACGUGUCGGGUCUUAAUAAUGUAAGGUAUAAUAUUACUUCACGACGGUUUCGGAAUUACGGAGAUGUAUCUGUCCACGUAAUUGAUGUAAGCUUGUAUUGCGAUAUGACGUGGACACCGUACUGCAAGCCCCCGGGAAUCCGUGGUCUGCCACUUCCUUCUCACUUUGCAAUCAUUCUCAUCGGCUACGAUAAGAAGCACUUAUCACUUUUUACCCGCAGAUUAAUGAAGGUGCUCAGUAACGGUGGCCCAUAA